UUGUGUGGCGUGGGUUGCUGGCUCGCUGGUUCCCAUUCAUUUAAGGUGCUAUUAAGUGUCUGCAGUUCGUGGAGAGCCCUCAGCCUACACAGAUGCGGUGAUGAUGACACGUAUACAUAACGAACAAUGAAGCAUGUGGUGCUAGAUCGGACAGUUUAAUGAGUGCAUUGAGCUCGCGCGGGAAGUGAUGUCUGCAAGUUUCGGAGGGAUCCACACAUCCGCAGUUUACGGUUAAUAACUGUUGUCGUCUACUCUAACGUUGCCAUGGCGAUUCACGUUAUAGUGGCGACAGUUUUCGUUUUCUUGGGAUGUUGCACAAACGUCUUCUUCCUCGAACUGUUGGUCAAAGAGCAUCCAGGAUGCACCAAUUUGAUCACAUUUUCACAAUUUCUCUUCAUCGCCAUAGAAGGAUUCGUAUUUACGACAAAAUUUGGCAAGAGGCGCCCCGUCAUUCCACUCAAACAUUACGUCACGUUGGUCGUCAUGUGUUUCUUGGUCAGCGUUUCUAACAAUCAUGCCCUUUCAUAUGACAUCUCAAUGCCCCUGCACAUGAUCUUCAAAUCUGGAUCACUUAUCGCAAACAUGGUACUAGCCAUCAUUCUACAGAAAAGGAGGUACCCACUCUUCAAGCACCUUGCUGUGUAUAUGAUAACUCUUGGCAUUGUGAUAUGCACCAUAGCUUCAGUGGGUGGUGGCAAGGCAAAGGAAGCGGGGACUGCCAAGACGGAAGACGGCAGUGUUUACACCAAGUGUGUUGGCAUAGGUCUUCUUUUGUUUGCUCUGCUGCUGUCAGCUCGCAUGGGUAUUUAUCAAGAGACUCUCUACGCCCGCCAUGGCAAGCACCCUCGUGAAUCUCUCUUCUAUGUACACGCUCUGCCACUGCCCGGGUUCCUCCUCCUUGUGCCCAACAUUUAUUCACACGCCGUGCUCUUCAACCAGUCCGCACCGCUGCCAUUCCCCAUGUUGGAAAUCAUACCAAGGUCCUGGAUAUACCUCCUUCUCAACGUCAUCACUCAAUAUGUGUGCAUACGGUCGGUGUACGUGUUGACAACAGAGUGCUCGUCGCUGACUGUGACACUGGUGAUCACGCUGCGCAAGUUCGUCUCGCUGCUCCUGUCGAUCUACUACUUCCAGAACCCAUUCACACUCAUCCACUGGUUUGGCACUGUGCUCGUGUUUGCGGGAACCUUGCUCUUCACGGGCGUGUUGUCGCCGGCACCCACAGUCACGGAGUCGCGUUUGAAAACGCAGUAGGACACCAUUGUGCCUUCAGUGUUCAUCCCACUGCACUGGGUGUGGCUUUGUCGUUUUCUGCUAUGGCGAUAUCUCAAUCUGUACUCUUGUCUAAGCAGACUGUAGUCUCUUUCCACUAGUUCCAUGCAGUACAGCAAAAGCUACAUUUUGUUUUAGCCAAUUUGGAACAAGAGCCGACUACUGGAGAGAAGAGUGCUUGCACUAAUCCUAGUUUGAUCCUUCUAUUAGCAUCGCAGUGCACAGAAGUGGAUUAGCGAUGAAUGGACCAGUCCUUCUGAUUGGCUAAAUAUUCUCUCUGUUUGGAGUUGAUGAGGUGAGGUGCAUUAUGUUGCGUCAAGUCAAGGCAAGCUGUUAGAAUAUAUCCUUGAUGCCUUGGUAAGAGGAAAACAGGUAUAAAAAG